AUGGCUCGAAUCAGCGCAGCGCUGCUUUUUGCGGGUAUCGCAACCGCCCAGGCUUCCAACUACACUACUACAGCAUGGAUGACCAACUUCGCCGACACCGACAGAUACGGCUAUGUCGCAUCCGUCAUCGAUGCUGACUCAGAACACAUGACCUUGUCGCUGGACUUUGACGCCAACACCAACACGACCGCUCUCAACAUUGGGGGCCCUGGUGGGAACUACACUUUCGGCAAGACCGCCUUUACGAUCAAGGAAGCCAUGACUCGGUACGAGCCUACACCAACGGAUGGCGACAUGAAUCUCCAGUUGGCCUGCACGCAGCCGGCACAAGCCGGCGCAGAUGUGACGUGUGAUGGCAAAAUUGGCGACGGAUAUGCUAGAUUUGCUAGGUGCAAUGAGUAUCAGACCACCCAAACGGAUCGUUCUCCGGUCGAGAAUGUCACGCGAACUAUCACGCACACCUACGGCACUGGAAUCUGGGGCUCUGCCGGUACCGAGACUAUCACUCAAGAAUACAACUUCCCGCUGCAGACGGAAACCACGACACCAGCAUGGUGUACUAGUGAUGAAGUACCGGAGACCGAACUAGAAUCAUCUUUCACGACCACAGCGGCGGAGUUCGCGGUGUAUCAGAUCGUGAUCUACGCUGGACAGGAGAAGUUGAGCGCUUUCUCCGGCUCUUCAGUCGACGUGAGCACGAUUGCUCCAAGUUCAAGUGUUGCUUCUUCUUCUUCUUCUUCUUUUUCAGGGAGCCCAGAGUCAGCUUCCGCGAGUGCGACUGCAAGUGCGCCUCCGCAGAGCACUGGUGCUGCAGGAAAGAUGAAUGCAGUGAUACCCGCACUUGCUGGUAUAGGCGUUGCAGCAGUGAUGGUGGUCCGGAGUUUCGACGUGUCUACUGCUCCAGCGCGCCCACCUAGAGACGACGAGAUACCGCUCAUUGACCUCAGCGGUUUUGAUGGUAAUCUUGACGCCAGAAGGAUCAUUGCAAAACAUGUGUGCAAAACUGCAGAGAACACUGAGUUCUCCUAUGUUGAGAACUAUGGCAUCGACGGAAGGCUGAUUGAAGAUGCUCUGAGCCAAGCUCAGGCUUUCCUUGCGCAGCCGCUGGACAAGAAAGAACCGCUGUUGCCCGAAUACACCGGGCCUGCAGUGGGCUACAGGGGGUUGAGUUCGACGCAGAUCAAUCGCACUGAGUCGCGAAACCGCAAGGAGACCUUCGCUGUGCAGUACGACGUCCUCUCGUCCAUCUCAGAGUGGCUCGAUGCGUUUACCAUGCCAGGAACGCUGGUUGUCAACGUCAGCGACUUCCUGCAAAGGCUGUCCAAUGAUCGGUUCCGCUCAACUGUGCAUCGGUUGUGCAACCGUGCGGAGACGUCGCGGUACUUCAUGCCGUUUUUCUUCGGGUUCAAUGCGGAUGCGGUGUGUGAGGUUGUCUCGACCUGCGUUGGUGAGGAGAAUCUGACGAAGUACCUGCCGAUAUCUUAUGUUGAGGGGAGGAGGCUGCGCUUCGCGUUGGCUUCGAAACCUCAAGCCACCUCGUCUUGA